AUGAAUCAUUUUUCCAGAGAAGACAGUAACGAGAUAGGACCCAGUCAUGACAACAAUGUUCAACGAAACACAGACAGAACUGGUCGUACAAAUGCCCAAAGACGGAGUAUUGAACAACUUGCAUUACCAUUGGACGAGGACAAAGAGCCACACUUUCUCCGUGCAGCAUCCUCAAGUAGUAGCCAAGCAGACUUCAGCAACAACGAUUUGAAUCUGAUACCCCCGCCAGAGACUUUCACUUUCAAUACAGUUGAUCAUCGUCAUAGUAACAGGCAUAUAAAAGUUUAUCAAGACGAUGACAAUGACGAUGCCUUUCCGGAUAUUGAUAGUGCAUUUGGUGGUUCUUUGGUCGGCAGUAGUUCAGCAAGCACUAGUAGCAAUAUAAGCACCUACAGUAACCAUAUGAGCAGAAGCAGUAGUACGAGUAGUCAUCGCCAUCAAGAAAACUUUAGCGCCUCUCUUCAUCAUUCUCACUAUCAGAACAAUGACAGUUGCUGUCUUUUACCUGUUACUUCCGUAUUUUCGUCCACUUCUAUCUUUCCUAACACUCUUUUUAACUGCAGAAGCACUAACACUAGUAACAUACAGCCAAAUUCACGCUUUUCACAAAGAUCACACCAACCCUACAUGACUCGCAGUAUGAGUAAUUUGCAACAACAACAACAACAGUCGCAGUCGCGUUCUGGUAAUAGUGCCAUUGCACCGCAAAGAAGUCGAAGUAGUCAUAACUUUUACCGUGUAAAUAAUUCUGGUGGAACGAAUAGUAUCAAUAGAAGCAGCCAGAGUAACAAUAGUGACAAACAUAACAAUACGCGCUUCAAGAAAGGUUCACUCACGUCUAUGGCAGCAAUGCAAAAUAUUAAUGGAAUUAAAAAAACAAAAGCAGGAUUAUCCUCUACGGCUACUGCUAAAUCUUUUAUGCAUUACUACACACCCUCCCUUGUACCGAUUGUCAACAAUAUCAAAGUGGAUACAUCUCUCGCGUAUACAAUCUAUGACUAUUCUUCGUAUUCUGGCAUGUAUCACCCUCAGCAUAUCUGUGUUAAUGAGCCCACGCAACAAGCCUCUCGAUGGUCCAGUGGUUUCCAUGAUCAUGAGCAAUUUAUCACGAUUCAAUUUGAUAAACCAGUUAUUGCACGUACAAUUACAUUCGGCAAAUUUUGUAAGGGACAUGUUUGCAAUAUCAAGGAAUUCAAAAUUUUUGGUGGGAUGCAUCCAGAAGAUGAUUUACGAGAACUUUUGCAUCAAGGCUUGAAAAAUGACACUAUACCAGAAACUUUUCCACUAAGAUAUCAAUAUAAAGAUAUGAUAUUCCCAAUCAAAUAUUUAAAAAUAGUCCCACUUGCUGCUUUUGGUGCAAGUUUUAAUUACAGCAUUUGGUACGUACAAGUGCAAGGCAUCAAUGAUACAGCGAUCGUUCAAGCUGCCUGUAAAGGCUACGAGAAUUAUAGGGAAAUUGUAACAACCCGUCUUUGUCUAAAAUAUUUUCGUCAGAAAAACCUCCUGGAUUUAUUUGACCAAUUACAAAAGAAAACCGGAAUUUCUCUCGAGCAUCCUAUGGUGUCCGCUUUACAUCAAGCGCUCGUUGUAGAGGCACAGUUUGAACAGGCGGAAGAAAUAGUGCGUCAAAUGUACCAGCAGGAUAUGUUUCAACACUAUUGCAAUCAUACACGCUUCUCACCGGUAUGGGAACUUAUCAAUGCAACUUCAUAUUGUUCAAAGGAUAGCAACAUUACUCCCUGUGAAAGCAGCAACAGCAGUCUGCUAUUAUUAGCUGGUCAUCAGGCAAUAGAACAACAUAAUUUAUCGUGGAGUUACCAGCCUACCGAACCAACUCCUCGAGGUGGACACCAAAUGUGUAUUGAUGUACAGCACAGGAAAAUAUAUUUGUUGGGUGGUUGGGAUGGAAAAAAGGAUUUGUCAGAUUUUUGGUGUUUUGAUAUAAACCGCAACCGAUGGCGUCUUAUUAGUACUGAUACAAGAAUGCAAGACGGCCCUAGUCCAAGAUCAUGUCAUAAAAUCUGUUUUGAUAUGAAAAGUCGGUCUAUUUUUGUUCUGGGUGGUUUGAUUGAUCCCAAGCAACCGAUCAAUGACAAGAUGGGGUCAUCACUAUCGGCUGUUGCUGCUGCUGCUGCUGCUACUGCUGCUGCUGUCGGUACAAAUGAUGGCUCUAAUACAAAGUCUGCUGCGAAAGCGGAUUUUUAUCGGUACUUUAUCGACCUCGAUCAAUGGGUUAGAAUUUCUAACGAUUUGGUGGCGGAAGGUGGCCCAGAGUUAAUCUAUGAUCAUCAAAUGUGUGUUGAUUCAAAAAAUGAAGUGUUAUAUGUAUUUGGAGGAAGAACGCAGACCCUAGGAAUACAAAAUUACAGUGGGCUAUAUUCUUUUGAUAUAAAACGUAACAUAUGGCACUUAAGAAGAAACGAUGAUAUCAUGUUAUCAGAUGCCUCCAUAAAACCACCUACAUCACAUUACAACGCCUCAUCAUUUCAACAACCAGGGGUUGCCUUGGUAGGUAAAGAGACCUCCAUCAUCAAAUCGCGCGUAGGGCAUUCCAUGUUAUUCGACGAAGCUAGUCGUUCACUUUUGAUAUUUGCUGGCCAAAGGGGCAAUGACUACCUUACUGACUUUUAUCAAUACUAUGUCGAUUAUGACAGAGUCAUUCAAGUCGACCAUCAACGCCGCCAUAAAAGUUUCUUUAACAAAUAUAGUAAUACUGUCUUGGCAUCAACGACCAUCAGAAAGGGGCCUGGCCAUAGUGUGAACAGUCAAAGUUCGAAUGGCCCCCCUGAUGAGUUUUACUAUACGGCGGCAUGCGGGGCCACGGGCAGUUACACGCAAAGAGUAACUAUGGAUGAGCAAGAUCAAGAGAUGUUUGUCUUUUCUGGCUAUGUACGUAGUAAUUCAGGUGCAGAUUUUGUCAAGAAUACGUUCUGGAUUUAUUCUAUGAAGAAUAAUGAAUGGACAAGAGUGUAUCAUACAAGUGAUAAAAUGAGUGAGCAGAAAUGCCGCGAACGAGAGUAUGGUCAACAGAUGUUCAAAGAUUCACAACCAUGGCUUUACGUUACUGGUCCACCGCCUUCCAACACUGGUGAAAAUACUGGAACACAUAAUGCGUCUAUUGACAAUACGACAGCGAUGCAAACACCCUCAUUUACUUGUAAUUCGUCAGGUAUGGCAGCGCUGAGUGAUGGUCAAAAUCAAAAGAAAUAUGAUGAAACUGAUAAGGAAGAUAUUUACAAAACGGAGCCUUGCCCUCGAUUUGCACAUCAAAUGGUGUAUGAUCCUAUGGAAAAGACGCAUUAUAUUUUUGGAGGAAAUCCAAGCGAUUUCAUGGAUUGUACAAGACGUUUAAAUGAUUUUUGGAAACUUAAAUUAUACAAACCAGAUCCAUCUAGCAUUUUAAAGAAAUGUAUAUAUAAGAUUCGUUUGCAACAAUUAAAAGAAUUUUGUAACAGAGCACAUGAACAACAUCAACAGCGACAGCAGCAGCAGCAAAGGUAUAGAAAUAGUAGCGAUAGUGGUAGUAAAGGAAAAAAAGCAGCCAAUACUGGAGAGGCAUCCGUUGAUUAUCGAGAUAUACUACCAGAAAAUACCAUGGACGCUGAAUUAGGCUCUGAGACGUUGCUAGCACUUGACUUUUUGAGAACUCAAGUAGCUCCUGUAGUUGAUCACGAUGAUAAGGACGAAAUGAGGGAAUUCCAUAAAAUCUGUGCAGCUUUAUGCCUUUUACAGCGCCACGAUGCUACUAAUGAUAAGGAAGAGGAUAAUUUCCCUUCCUCCAUGUCAUUCUUAGAGACUGAAGAUGCAAUGUAUAUAGAGAGAACGAAACUAUUUGAGGCCCUUUUAGAAUACAUUCCGGAAGAAAUGAAAGAGCCUUUGGAGAAUUUAACAACGAACGCAGUGAAAUUGACCUAA